CUGUCACUUCCUAGGAAGAUGCUCCUGCUCCUUCUGCUGAGCUUUGCACUGUCCGUCAGGGCUGAAGCAGGGGAGAUCGUCGGUGGACAUGAGGCCAAGCCCCACUCUCGACCCUACAUGGCAUUUCUACAAAUCUUCGAUGAAAACUCUGAUGAAAUAGGCAUUUGUGGAGGUUUCCUGAUCCAAAGUGAUGUGGUGCUGACGGCCGCUCACUGCAAUGGAAGAAACAUCAAGGUGAAACUGGGUGCCCACAACAUUAGAAAAACAGAGAAGAAGUCAAAGGAGUGCACUGUGUGUGCAACCUUCCCCCAUGAUGACUUCAGUAAAGAUACGGGCUUAAAUGAUAUCAUGUUGCUGAAGCUAUGUAAAAAGGUCAAAUUAAAAAAGGAAAUAAAUACCCUGAGCCUGCCAGACCCACAAACCAAUCUGAAACCAGGACAAGAGUGCAGUGUGGCUGGUUGGGGAGAUGUUGCUAUUAAUAAAACCUCAUCUAAAAAACUGAUGGAGGUGGAGUUGAAAAUAAAAGAGGAUGAGAAAUGUCAACAGAAGUACAAAAAUUAUGACCCUACAACACAACUGUGUGCAGGGAACUAUAAAGAAGGUGCCAUGAAGGGUUCCAGAGUUACCCAGACCGCACCAUCAGGAAAGCCCUACUUGAGGCUUCCACAGAUUUUUGAGCUCUUGGUAAACAGCUGUUGUUGGUCUCAACUGGCCUCACAUUCCCUACUCUACUCCUCUGUUUCUACAAAUCUCUGCUUCCACAUGGGCAUUGCCUGA